AUGUCUACUUAUUCCUCUCUCUCUCUCGAUCCCUCUCUUUCCUCCUCUCUCUCUCUCUCUUCAUGUCCACAUAUUCCAUCCACUUCUCCCUUUACUUCUCCCUCUCUCUCCCUCUUUCCCCCUCUCUCUAUCUUCAUGUCCACUUAUUCCACCCUCAUCUCCCUUAACUACUUCUUCCUCUCUCUCUCCCUCUCUCUCCCCUCUCUCUCUAUCUUCAUGUCCCCUUAUUCCAUCCACAUCUCCCCUAAACUUUCCUUCUCCCCUCUCUCUCUCUCUCUCUUUUUCUUUAUUCUCUCUCCCUCUUCAUGUCCACUUAUUCCACCCACAUCUCUUAACUACUUCUCCCCCUCUCUCUCUCGAUCUCUCUCUUUUCCUUUCUCUCUUUCUUCAUGUCCACUUAUUCCAUCCACAUCUCUCUUAACUACUUCUCCCCCCUCUCUCUCUCUCUCUCUCUUCCUUUCUCUUUUCUUCAUGUCCACUUAUUCCAUCCCCAUCUCUCUUAACUAUUUCUUCCCUCUCUCUCUCUCUCUAUAUAUAUCUCUAUCUUCCUGUCCACUUAUUCCAUCCACUUCUCCCUUCAUUCCAUAUAAACCAAUCUAUCCCGAUUGCGUAUCCUCGAUUCAUAUUUCAAAAUUUUCGACUCCAACUCGAAAUGUCAUAUGA